AUGGCCGAUACGGACUCUAUCGAAAUAACCUUAGAUGUGGCUACCGAAGCGAACCCUAACGAAAAUAUGGGAGAUAAUACGGAGCAGGAGGAAGAGAACAUGAACAGAGAAACAAAGCGGCAGUCCAGGGCAUUUAGCGGCAAAGUGAUGAGUGGGCUGAUAGAAAUGCAGUUCCGCGAUGACAUGGCAUUUCUUCGCGGCAAAAAGAUGCGUAAUCUGAUCAAAAUGCUGGAAAGUUCAUCAGUUGAUGAUUUUCAAUUUUGUGGCAACGAAAAGAUGCAUGAACUGAUGGAAAAGCAGUUCUGUUCAUUGGCUAAUGAUAUGCCAUUUUAUGGAAACAGGGUACAUACUAUGUGUUAUGAGUUGUAUGAGGCGGCUUCUGAUAAAAAUGCAGAUGCAGAUAGAUUUGUUUAUGUACUGGAGCAAGUUUGUGCAGAAAAUAAAGUUGAUGUGGCCGCCAUUUUUAAUCAUGUCACUCCCACAGGUGAUUCGUUGCUUCAUGUUGCAGCCCAACAUGGGAGUGAACAGGUUUUAUGUCUUAUUGCUUUUCACUAUCCUAAGCUUUUGUACCAGACAAAUAUGAUAGGUGAUACUCCACUUCAUGUUGCUGCCAGAGCUAAGAAUCUUCUCGCCAUUAAGAACAUUCUCGACUUGGAUAAACAUUUCAUGACAUCUGAGGAGGUGGAAUCUAUAGAUAAAAUGGAGUUUAUCAUGUUACGCAACAAUUAUGGGAGGACAGCUCUGCACGAAGCUGUUUUGAGCAAGGAUUAUUCUGUGGUUCUUUUCCUUUUAGUUGCACAUAAGCGAAGUGAUCUGGCCACUUACUGGACUUGGAACUAUGAUUUUAGUUGUAAAUCGCCAAUGUAUUUAGCAGUUCUGAUAAGGGACAAGGAUAUUCUUUAUCUUCUCUUGAGGUUAAUUCCAAUCCCCUCUGGCAAAACCAUGUCAAAUGGGGACUCUCCACUUCAUGCUGCAAUAUCAGAACGAACUAAAGGUCUAUUGAAAAAGAUUGUUGAUACAAGAAAAGAGCUACUGGAUCAAAGGGAUGAGAACAACAACACUCCCUUUCAUUAUGCAGCAUACUCUGGUUACAUGGAAGGAGUUUGUAUAAUGUUAGAAACUUCUCCCAUGAUUGCUUUUCAACGAAACUCAGAUGGCAAUCUUCCAAUUCACCUCGCCUGCGAAGAGGGCAAUGUUGAAGUGGUCAAAAAGUUGCUUGAAAUGGAUUGGUCAUUAAAUGCUGGACUUUUCUUGAAUCAUAAAGGUCAAAACAUUCUUCACAUUGCAGCAAUGAAGGGACGAACUCAAGUGGUAAAAAAUCUAUUGAACCACCCCAAGAUUCAUCAUGACACUAUAAAUAAGGGAGAUAUAAAUGGAGAUACUCCCUUACAUUUGGCUUCAAGAGAAUUGCGUCUCUGGACUCUACUCCUUCUAUCACAAGACCAAAGGAUCGAUUUGAACCUAGUCAAUAACAAUGGUUUGACAGCUCGAGAUGUUGUUUGGACGCAACGUAGGAUUCCUGAGACACGUCAAGAGCUUCUAGCAACUGUAAUUUUAUAUAAUGCUGGUGUGGACGUGAAGGCAAAUAUGUUGAGCAUGCCACAAACAACAUCCAUCAAUAAAGAAUGGAAUGUGAAGGAUGCAGCCAACACACUCAUACUUGUAGCCAUACUCAUAGCUACAGUGACUUUUGCAGCUGGUUUCACAGUACCAGGUGGUUUUUACUCAUCGGAUGGCCCAAUCCCAAAACAAAAAGGCAUGGCACUUUUGGCCGAUCAAACCCUAUUCAAGAUAUUCAUGGCUUUUAACACUAUUGCUAUGUAUAGCUCCAUUAUUGGUUCUAUCAUUCUUCUGUGGGUCCCAAUUGGAGAUCAUCGUAUUGCAACACGAGCAUAUAAGCAUGCUCUGUUAUUUGUUUUUGUGGCCAUUAUAGCAAUGCCCGUUGCGUUUCUGGCUGCUAUACACUUGAUGGUGAGCAAUACCACUACAGUUGCACACGCCAUAAGUGUGAUUGGAUUCAUCUCCAUUUUCGUAAUGAUAUUUGUUGGUUGUCUAGGAUGGCUUCGACUUGAUAGUCGUCGUCCCGUGCUUCGUCCAAUCAUAGGCUUGUUUACUAGGAUCAUUCUUGUUUUAGGCUAUGGAUGCCAUGAUACUUGGUAUGGCGAUUUUGUCAGCAAAGUCAGCCAAGUCGAUCAAGAUGACGCCAAAAAUCAAAUCAAAUGA